AUGGGGCUCUGGGCUCUGGCCGGUGGUCUGAACAAUUUGUGGUCCGGCAACAUCACCGCGCACCAAAUGAAUGAUGCCCUGCAAGCAGCACGCCUCGAACGCUCCGACACCAUUCGCUGUAUAAAAUCCUGUCAGCCCAAUGACAUCGCCUGUGUUUUGGACCCCACACACUCCGUAUCCCACACCUUCAUUUCCUUGCCCACGUUCCGAGAGUUCGCGCGACCAGAAGAGAUUGUCUUCCUGAGAACGACUGUCCCGGCCUACGGGUCCUAUCACUUGGGCACUUAUGACGUCAAGUUUGACAUUCUGGAGGGCAACGUUGAGAAUUCCUUUGACAUCUUCAAGCGAGUAGAGAAUGGAGUGUAUGUAGGUGUUGUUCGCCAAGUAAAGCCUGUGAUUGGUCCAAUGGAAACAGUGCUGAAACUUUCCAUGCGCAACCUGUCAGCUCAGGGCGACUCUGGCCAGAAUAUCGUCAACGUUCACGUCUUUGUGUCAGAGUUUUGGUUCUAG